CUCAUUCGGCAUCAAAUUUUAUGAAAACAACACUUUCUGUGAUUGUGUUGCGCUGGUUUAUUUUUGGAAUUAGUGAAUUUUUAAGUCUUUUCGGAUAAUUGUACGUAGAUUGUGAAUUUAGUUUUAAGUGGAACUAUGGUGUCAAACAAAAAAUAAGAUGUCAGUUGAAAAUUGUUUGGUCAAGGCAAUCUAUUCUUUCAAGGGCAAAAACAAUGAUGAAUUAUGCUUCAAAAAAGGGGAUAUUAUUACUGUUACACAGAAAGAAGAAGGUGGAUGGUGGGAGGGAACACUGGGGGAGACCACAGGGUGGUUUCCUAGUAAUUAUGUGACUGAAUACAAAGAUACAUCAGGUUCAGUCACCACUUCACCAAUUCGAGCAGCAUCUGAAAUUCAAGCUUUUAGAAAUGUGGUACUCAAAGAUAUCAUUGAUUCUGAAAAGGCCCAUGUUGCUGAAAUGCAAGGAUUGGUUAACAACUUUCUACAGCCCCUGGAAAAAAGUGAAAUGUUAACAAAAGAUGAGUUUAUGCAGCUAACUGGCAAUAUUAAUGAAGUUCUUCAAAUUCACGAACAGUUUCUUUCUUUACUGGAAGAAUGUGCUACAAAGACUGGCCCAGAUCAGAGAGUUGGAGGUCUUUUUCUACAAUGGGCUCCUCGAAUAAAAUCUGUCCAUCAAGUUUAUUGUGCUGGUCACCCCAAAGCUGUUUGUGUACUUGAUAAGUACAAGGAAGAAUUGAACACCUGGAUGGAAAAUGCUGGUGCUGUUUGUCCUGGUGUUUUAGUAUUAACUGCAGGCUUGUCUAAGCCCUUUCGAAGACUUGGAAAAUAUCCAGCUAUGCUCCAAGAGCUGGCUCGCCAUGUUCACGAAGCACAUCCUGACAGAGGUGACACUCAUCGAGCAUCGGUUGUUUAUAAAGAUAUCGCUAGUGGGUGUGCAGCGUUACGACGCCAGAAAGAAUUGGAACUGCAAGUGGUGACCGGUGAAGUUAGAGGUUGGCCUGGUGGUGAACUAGCAGCAUUGGGCGAUGUAUUACAUAUGGGUAGUGUGGCUGUUGGUCCAUCACAUCAGGACCGUUAUCUUGUUCUAUUCCCUUCAGCCCUAUUAUUGCUCUCAGUUAGCAAGAGGGUAUCUGCUUUCGUAUAUGAGGGUUGUCUUCCAUUGACUGGUAUUACAGUAUGCAAGUUAGAUGAUACAGAUACUAGAAAGAAUGCAUUUGAAAUUAGUGGACCCAUGAUAGACACCAUAGUAGCUGUCUGUCAGACAAGAGCUGAAGCGGACAAUUGGGUUGGUUUACUGCAGAAGCAUUCCAACACAAGCAGUCCAAUUCAUGAACCUGGACAGCCGCAAUCUUUACCUCAUAUGGCCAUGAGCGAAAGCAAUAACUCCGACCUGUCUUCUGGAUUGUCCAACCACAAAAGAUCACAUUCAUUCAACAACCAUCAAAGCUAUAAUCAACAUACGCAGCAAACUCAGAAAAACAAACAAAGCAACCAAUCCGCACGUUGGCUAUUGAAUUCCUGCGACUCCCUUGACCAAUCGCCGGCUAAGACAAACAAAAGCUCUAUUGGGAAAAAAUUUUCUUCAGUAGAUUUUAUCGACAUAUCGAAUUUAAACUACAGCAACAAAGGGUGGAGUGUCACAUGCUUGCGCCCGGCGCCGCCGCUGCGACCACAGUCAUUUACGAUCGGCUCCGACGAAAAUAUCGGACCGACCCACCCAUAUGCGCCUCACCAAAGAAAAUCCAACUCUUACGAGGAGGACGCACUCAUACUCAAAGUUAUCGAAGCCUAUUGUACUUCUGCGCGUUGUAGGAAUGCUGUAAGUUCCGUGGACUGCGGCCACUUAUCUGUCGGUAAAGUACAAUAUCACGCACUCGCUACUAACAUACCUCACUAUAACUGUACUAAACUGCCGGUCGUCCAGCGAAGUGAGACCCCCGAUAGGACCGGCUGUAGCAACACAAAAGUGAAGCGCAACAAGAGUUCUUCGGCGGCCGACGCGUACCUGUACCGCGGGCCGGACACGAGGAGGCUGCUCUCGGAGAGGAAAUUCCAGUUGAACCGUUCGAAUCCCAAUCUAUGGGACUGUGGAGAGGACCGUAGACCAAAGUGGAGUUGUGCUCGGGACCGAAGGAGCGGCUCGCACCCCAGUCUAGCUCAGUCGCGGGUGCCGCUCCUCGCCUCCGCCUCCGCGUCCGCUCCUGCCCCUGCCGUCGUGCCUCGCUCCGCCCGCUCUUCCACAUGGUGCUGCGGCACUUUUAUCAAACAACUCCAGAAAUCCCACCAUUUCGACUGACACAAGUAGACACACCUCUCGGUGGUCACUCAAAUUAUAUCCCAGCUCCCUCAUCGGUUUCCUGCUCGCAUCAUAUCGCUCUAUAUCACUAAUAUUUAAUGAAAGUUCUCGUACUAUCCAGACCGUGAUUGUGGACGCUACCAAAGAAAUCUGUUGAGUAUUGAAUAUUUUAAUACAAUGCCCGCGAUAGCCCGAGAAUGUGACCUCAGAUGUGCGUGAUCAUUGUGUGGUUUUCUUCCUUCCAUUAAUCAAAGCUGACUACAUCCACUAAUUUUACUAAUAUACACAGUGGCGGAUUCGUAAUUUCGUCAUGAUCUUAGAAUAUCAUAAACAGUUUUUUCUAUCUGAAAAGCCUUUAUAAAACUGGAAAAGUUGUUCAUUCGUCGAUCCGCUACUGUUUAUGUGUUUCAUAAUUGUACAAAGCUGACGUUCCACAAAUCAUUAUAUUGUAUUUUAUGUGCUUUAUAUAUACUUAAGGUGAGGUUUAUUAAACUAGUUGGCGAAACUUCACAGUGAUUGUUCCAUCGAUAACUUGACACUUUGAAAUCUGUUAAGUUGUCGUAAGCUUUCCUGCGAAGUUGCGUAUACUAAUUCAAUAACAAAAAUAUAUGUUAAACCAAAAUAAGCUGGUAGGUAAACAAUAUCACACCGAAACGUUACCAAAUCUAAGUAAUUUCAUCAUUAAUAAGGGUGUUAUUGCCAAGGUAACAUAUUUUGUAAAUAAUUUCACCUAUUCCAGAAAAAAAUUUGGCGUGAAUGUAAUUUAUCACAUUAGAGUCAUCUAUACAACUUUUAAUUCAGUUAAUAUAGCAAUUAACAUUUGAAAGGAGAUUGCUCAAAUUGGCCUAAAUGCACAAAAUGAAUUGACAUACACGGUAAUUCUUGGCGUAAUUUAUGAUUUAAUUUACAGUCAUUAGAUUUCAACGGACACCUUUGUAUAAUGUAUUUACUUUAAAAAGGACUUUUAAUUUUACCGGUUUGGAAAACAUAAGAAUCAUUUUUAAUGGCUAUGGGUGUUGUAACAUUCAGCCAAAGACUGAUUGAAGUUGUUUAUAUAACAUAAAAACAAAUCUAUUUUGUAAAGAUGGAUAAAAUCAAUCAUUUUUUUUAUUACACUGUGGUAUUAAUAUCCACAACUUUAUUAUCAUUUUCACUAGAUGCAAAUGUGCUUAGACAAUUAUUAUAGAUGGUAGGCGACAUCAUAAAGUCUAUUGCCAUACAUUUUUCGCCAAACAACUCCAUAAACACAUUAUAAUCUGUAUAUAUGUUAGACUUUAAGGUAUCUAUCUAUGGGCCUACGUUCCCUGACUAUAAAUUAAUAACUAAAUAAAAUUAUAAGGUGUGAUACACUAAAAAUCUAAAAUAUGGUUAUGUUAAAAACAUAACAAAAAUAAUGAAGUUACUGAAUAUAUGGCUAUAGAACCUAAAUCUCUUAGCUUUCUUUGGUUAACGAGAAUUUAAAAAUUCCCUCUAAUCUGUGGCUCAUUCACAAUCAUCACACAGUUUCUGUCACAGAGUACCUUAUUAUAACCGGAAAUGACACCUGAUUUUAAAAGUUACUCUUAUGCAUUAACUUUAAAAACAGGCAACUAUCUGUUAAUCUACAUGCUCUAUAUACCUGAAUGUAAUCCAUAAUUUCGGUACUUGGCUUGAUUUCCCUAGUUUACUAUAUAACUUAUUUGUUUUUUAUUAUUUUAACGUGUUCAGUGUAUAUGGUUUAUAUAAGUUCUCAGGGGUGUCCGUCAAUAAUAUUCGUUUCUACAGUAAUUUAUAUAUAAUUUCAAAUGUAGGAAACAAUUUUUCAUGAUUAUUGGUCUUUAGGCCAAACAUGUAUGGAAGCUGAGCAAUCUCCUUUCAAAAUUAUUUAUUUGGCGACGUUUCUUUACGAAAUUUUAGAUAUGUUGUAUGUUUUUUGAAAAGCCUUAUUAAGCGUGUUAUCUAUGUUUACAUAGACUUAGAAAUCAUAUAAUGCAAAUGCAUGUAUGCAGUAUUAUUUUAGUAGCUAAAGUGUUAAAAGUAGUUAUUACAAGCUUAUUAAUUAAAAUAAAAUAGAACCAUGGUGCAUUAUUGAUUUGGUGCGUAGAAGCAUGUUUAUAUGAUAAUGUAAUGCUGUUUAUUACUUUAUAAGUUGUUGAUAUGAUAAAUUUAAGUAACGGUUUGGUAAAUAUUACGCGUAAUAGCGACAAAAUGUGUGAUAUCAUAGCUUUAUAGCCAUGGCCCGGGCUGGUUCAACUAACGGCUCUCGAUAAAACUAUUUUAAGAACAGUCGUUUCAGUAGUUCAAGGCGAUGUUUCCGUCAUUAUGAAAUUGUUUUACUGAAAGUGGGAGAUAUCGUUAUAGUAUAACUACUGUUAUUUUAUUGAGGUAUUGUUCAUCGGGCUGCUUUUAUUCUAAUAAAGUUAAAGAUUAUAUUAUCAGCUAAUGCUAAUAAAAAGUGCUCUGCGGAUUUGCAAUUAACAGAGCUUGCGAACAAUCACGUUAUCUUAAGACAUCAGAACUUUAUUGUUAAGGUUCAAAAUAAAACCAUUACUUUUUAAAGGGGGAAGUAAAUUCGUAUUUACUAGUAGCCUGUAACUAUGAUUCAAAGUUCCGUAUCAACCUACCACUAAUAGGUAGGUACCAACCAAGGUAACACGUGGACACAACGCUUGUUUAUUAUAAUUUUAGGUUGAACGGGAGUGAAGGGCAGUCCGUUAGUUGGUAUAUUUCCAGUCGAUAUGAAUCAUCACUAUAUUUAUAUGUCGUUGGGAAACAAAGAUGUAUUCCCAAGGUGCCUAAUUUGAUUUUCUUUAUCGCAGUCCACUCCUCUUGUGCCUCUCCAGGAAAAUGUUUCAUUUGACAAAUUAUCACAUAACCAGAAGGUUAUUAGACGAAAAAAUAUAUAUGGUUAUUCCCUUGUAAAGACGAAUAAUGUUAGUGUAGAGACUAUAGUAAAAUAUUUUCAAUACCGCAAUGAUUUUGCUAAGUUUAUUUAACUCAUUUACGUGUUAAUUAAAUGUCGACUUUUAAUAACAUACAAGUAAUUCUUUAUCAAGUUAUACGGAAUUUUAUUACGGAACAUUAAUAAAGUUCUAACUAACUAACAUUAAUAAAGUUACACCUAGGUAGGUACAUAGAUUACCAUAAUCUAGGUGAAACUUUUAUGCAAUUCCCAGUUGUCACUAGGUGAAACGGCAUGGAUGGGUAUGAUUCCAACAAUUUGUUACAGAACCUACAAAUACAAAUGCAAUCCCAUUUGUUUCCAUGAUUUUGUAUAAACGAAUGCAAAACCGUGUUCUGUGCACCUGAAGCCGAAAGCUUAUACUCUGUAAUUCCGUACUUACACAACUGACAGGAUACGAAUUAAAAUACGCGAGCGGAGAGUACGUAGGUAUGUUUUGUUACAGCAGUGACAUAGGCCGUAGGUUCGUUUGAUUAAGGUUUGGCAAAAUACACGGAUACGUAAUUUUAAUAAAGGCCAGGAACAGGCUUUUGUUGUAAUGCGCGUAGGUAGUAGAAUAUUAAAUUUUGUUUGCAUAAAUUCAUUAAGACUCCGCUAAUCUUAUCAGGCAUGUUUUUGGUCGUUUUAUCAUCGCACAAGGGUCGAAUUAUGUAAAACGUUGAGAAGGAACAGCUAAUGGAGACGACUGGGGUAGAUUAUUAGAUUGUGGUGUGGGUAUAAUCAGAGCGGCCAGCAGCGGUCGGCGGCCGCGUGCCUUUCAUUUAAUAUUGAACAGGAUAGCGCAGCGAGCCGCAUGCAACACUCGCAUAUCUAUGUGCAGCCGCGCCGCGUCCAAUUCGUGCCAACAACACUGCAGCCUAUCCCGGUGUGCCUUCAAACCGCCAAAGGAUUUUUGCAAAUGUUAAGAGUAAUACAGACAGAACAAUUUAUGUCAAGUUACAGGUUUUUAUUUUCUUUUUAUUAUUCUAAACUUUUUAACAAUCAAAUACCUUUGGAAGGCAUUCCCAAAGUCUAAAAAAUCUAAAGCCAUUCUCAUCGCAGUAUAUCUUCAUAGGUUUUACAUAUCCCCCGUUCUAUUUGGAGCUAAGCAAAAUUUUUCGAUUUUUUUUUAAUAUUUAAAUUCAAAUCCCAAUUUACACGCAAUGCUAGAUUCAAUAUCAUCACAGAGAAAUUUGCUUACGUUUUUCAAAAGUGAAUAAGGAAUUAAAGCUCAGUCUAGAAGUCUAUUUCACUAACUCCAUUAAGAAAAAAUUAACGCUUAUUUAUACAUUAUUUUAGUUGUUUGUUGAUAUGAAAGAGGCAUUUUAAACAGUAACAGACUUAAGUCUUUAUUCAUUGUCUUCUCGUGUCUUUAUUAAGCCUGGAAGCCACUCCCCGGUAAAAUGGUGUUUAAGCGCCUUAACAAUUAAUAAAAAAUAUUGAUCUAAUUUUUAUUUUUCAAUUUCGAUUUGUUAAAAGGUACACUAAAAACUUUUUUCAAUAAACCCAUUAUAUUUAUUCAAAGUAUAAAUGUUAAAUACAUUUAAAAAAAAAUCCUUAUUCCUUACUUUAUUACUCUGUGGCGCCUGGGUUGUAAGCAGAUAAGUUUCAUUUAAGUAUUUAACAAUUAAAUAAGAAUUAGGACAGAUACACCUACUUAAUAUGUGCUUUAUAUUAUGGCAGAUUAUACUAAUACAUCAAAGUAAUGCAUUGAAACCUUAAAUGACCCGUUUUGUUAUAAAAAGCGCUUUUAUAAAAAUUUAACUUGUUUUUCCUUAUUACUCUUUCUGCCGUCCUCAAGCUAAAAUGCGGCUAAAUGACAAAAACAACUUUAGAGAUAUGGCCACAAAACGGCCCGUAAACUUUAAAUUAUUGCUAUUUUGUAACCAUUAAUCACAUGACGGAGACAUAAACUAUAAAAGAUACGAAUACUUGUUAAAUACAGAUCGAUAGAGAAUUCAAAACUGUAUAAGAUGCAAUUUAAGACUGAAAAAUUGACCUCAUGUCACUUAGCCGCACUUUAGUGUAAGGACGGCAGCUUUCCUGUAGGUAUUUUUAAUAGUGUCGUAACAGAAUCAAUAAUUUCGCUUUGUAUUAAAAGGUUACUUAAGUAAAUGAUACUUAGGUGUACAUUUAUUUUCAUUUUUACUGUUUAAUUUAAUCAAAUGGUCUUGAAGAAUUUUUAAAUAAAAUUCAAUUACUAUAAUUUAAAGAGUAUUAUUUCUCAAGUUUAUGGUAAUGUACGUCGAAAAUUUAGCGGGAGAAAAUAGAAAAAUAGCGGAGCUUGUCAAGCGACUGCUGACACUGAUUAAUAGAAGUUGAAAACGCAGAGAAGCCCUUUAUCGAUUAAACACAGUUACUACGCAUAUUUUAAACAUAAAAUACUAUAAAAGCUUUUUAUUAUGUAUUAAAAUUAGCUUACAUCGUCGUCACUAAUAAACCGGAAUUGUGCUAAUUCGCCCAAGGGAAUCAUUCUGUAUGCAAGCCAUGCAGGGUCUGCUGUGUGUCAUACAUAAUAAAAAUAUGACGAACUCGUUGGACUUAUUAAGCCACAGCAUAACUACUUUGUUAACCACUCAUUAUCUAACCGGGUAUUGUUUCUGUUAAUCCUUUGCUUUCCUAAGACAUUAUAUUGAAUAUGAUUUUUUUAAAUACCUAAUGUAAAAGGUUGCAAGUUUCUCUUUUUACACACAAUAGCUUUAUAUAAGGGCUGCAACAAUACCUACCGAUACGAUAAUCGUAUAUCGGCGAUUAUGGUAAGUUUUACGAUCAUUCGUUAUCGUUAACAUUAUGAUAAGAAUAUAUACGAUUCAACUUUUUCCAAUAUUUUUCGAGUACGUAAUAGUUAGUACAGUUUCGAGUGAAACGAAACGCAUAACGCGUCGAUUUCUGAAUACACACCAUCCCGUUUGUUUGUACCUAAAAACGUAUAACUUAAUUAUAAUAUCUUAAUUUUGAUAUAAUAACAGACAAAGUGAUACAAAAAAAACUUUAAAUAAGUUCAAUAAAAUGCAAUAAAACAUAAAUCGGAAUGCAUUCAAUAACGUAUAAUAUGAUAUCAUAGAAUUCAUUCGCAUCGUAAUUCGUUAAUGUAUUGGCCAUACCGUAUUGGUAUCUUAAUAGUCGUAGCAUUGCAUCCCUACAUUAUAUAAAGAAGAUUAACUUUGCUAACAUGCCACAAAUAGAUCUCCUUGUUAAACCAUUUUUACACAAUUAGAUGUUUAUUAAUAAUAGUCUAUUUUUAUUAAUUAAAAAAGUUAUUCAUAUAACUGCCCGCUAUGCGACAUGCAAAAAAAAAUACAGUUAAAAUUUUCAGUGAUUGUGGUAUCAUAAUUAAAAUGGCAAAAAUGUGCCCUAUAAGGUUGUUGUUUCAAAAAGUCAAAUUUUGUAUUGCUUUUACGGGUCGUAAAAUCCGUGUACCUAGGCACUAAAUUUUCGGUCUAGAUUUCAUCUGCAUGAAGUAGAAUCACGGGAUCAAUGGUCCAAGACCAGUUCCCUAUAAUUAACGAUAGGGGGUGUAAUCAAUGAAUACCACAGUAAAAUAACGCUACCUUUUGGUGGUGCUGUGUUUCUGUCGGUGAGUAAGGUUCAAGGGCUUCACGGGGUAGGGGAUAUCGAAAGUCCCAUUUUGCAUUGCAUUUAUGGGUCGUAAAUCCGUGUACCUAGGCACUAAAUUUUCGGUCUAGAUUUCAUCUGCAUGAAGUAGAAUCACGUGAUCGAUGGUCCAAGAUCAGUUCACUAUAAAUAACGAUAGGGGGUGUAAUCAAUGAAUACCACAGUAAAAUAACGCUACCUUUUGGUGGUGCUGUGUUUCUGUCGGUGAGUAAGGUCCAAGGGCUUCACGGGGUAGGGGAUAUCGAAAGUCCCAUUUUGCAUUGCAUUUAUGGGUCGUAAAUCCGUGUACCUAGGCACUAAAUUUUCGGUCUAGAUUUCAUCUGCAUGAAGUAGAAUCACGGGAUCGAUGGUCCAAGACCAGUUCACUGUAAAUAACGAUAGGGGGUGUAAUCAAUGAAUACCACAGUAAAAUAACGCUACCUUUUGAUGGUGUUGUGUUUCUGUCGGUGAGUAAGGUUCAAGGGCUUCACGGGGUAAGGGAUUAGGUCAGGGUAGGCAACGGCGUGAGUGAUAUUUUUUGUAUCGCAAAUGUCUGUAGGCUAUGGUAGCCGAUUACCAUCCGGCGGGCAAUUCAUUCUGCUUGUUUGCCACCUUAUAACAUAAAAAAACAACCUAUUAGCCAUUUUCCUACGCUACGGUUUCACAAUGGUCGUCUGUUUACGACAAGCUCAUAGCACCGUACAAGUAACGAUAGGUGGUUUAGCACUGCACUUUGCACCUUAUUCCACCACCGGUAAAUAUUUAUGCUUCGAAUAGGUUAUUUUCGUUUAAAAUGUUUUUCAUUCGUUUUGUUUCUAAAAUGGUAGGGCAUUAUAAAAUUUUAUUAUCUACGGAUUGACGCAUAACUAUAAAAAUACUUGAAUGCCUGUUUGAACCAACCUAAAUUUGGACUUCAUAAGCUGAUGCAACAUCUUAAGAAAUUUUUGGUUUGUUUCUAUCAACAAUAAAAGAUAUUAGACAUUCCUAACUUAAGAACAUCUUAUUAAGUAAAUGAACGAAAUAAUUAAUCGUUUAGUAAAUGUUUGUCUUUGUUAUAUGUAUUUGAUUAAAAUGGCAGCUUUUUACAAUAAGCCAAAAUGUAUUAGGAUGUUAUUAUGUAAUUCAUUAGAAAAUACUUUGGACGUUCUUUGGCCGUUUCUGAAGUUACACGCUCCAUAAGUAUUCGCUGUCAUAUAGCAUUGACUUAGCAUCGUCUUAUAGUUUGGUGCAAACCAAUUUGACAAUUAGCAGUCACCUGAAUAUUUAGAAAUAUGAAGCUCCUAAGUUUGGUGUAACCCUAAGUGCCAUCUCCAUUAUAUGAGGUUAUCUGUUUAAAUAAAAGGCAACCGUUACUGACUGACUGAUCUUUCAACGCACAGCUUACACUGAACGGAUUGCGCUGAAAUUUGGCAUGCAUACAGACAGCUAUUAUGAUGUAGGUGUGCGCUAAGAAAGGAUUUUCCAAAAACGCCUUAAAGGGCUUAAAGGGGGUUCAAAAGUUAACGCGGACGAAGUCUCGGUUUUUAAUAAACAAUAUAAGUUUACUUAUAAUAAUAUAAGUUUUUAUACUGCUUGAAAACAUCUCGAGUCACGUGAAUGUAUGAAUAUAUCGGGGAAGAUAUAUAACAUGGCGAAAGUUUCCCCUUUGACAAUGUUCCGUAUACGAAGGUUUCUUUAUAAUAAAUAAUUCAUUAUUCACUCGCAUCGUACGUUAUAACGGUUAGGUACAGCCGGGUUUGGGCAAUGGCGUUGACAAGAAUAGGGGCUACAUAAUAAGUUAUCCAAGCGAAUUGUUACGAAGAUAAUCUGAGAUGUUACACACCAUGUGUUUUGUAUACAUCAGUUGAAUAGCUUUAUAAAUUAUUCAACGUGUUAUGUACACGGGCUAAAAUUUCUCGGGAGCUUUAUUGUGUAGAUCGAGUAGGUACCUUUGUCUACUUACUAACAAUAUGCUAGGUAAUAUAAUAUAUUAUGUGUACUAUGUAUUUUUUUGUUUCACAAAUAUUUACAUUUAAUUCAUUUGUGUAAUUUUCGUCGAAAAUAUGUUAAUGUUUACAUUCUAAUAAGUGUUAAAGACCAUCUCGAAAUCAAUUAAUAUUAAUUUAUUGUAUAUAUAAUUUUUAUUGUUAUUACAAUUCGGUCAUCAUUUAAAAAUAACAAUAUUUCAAUGUCUUGUUUAAGAAAUAACACUAUUUCAAUGUCUGCUUUUGAUUUAGGGAUAGUCUGGAAAGCUUUGGGUUUAAUAAAUCCUCAUCUAGUCACUAAAGUAUUUCCGUUUUAUUAUCAGACUUGUGUGGUUUUAUAAAUUGAUGAGGUAUUAUUAAAUUAUGCAUAAUUUUACUGUUUCGAUCGACAACUACAAUGUGAACGUGGCAAGAAACUAUACGAGUUAAAAAUUAGUAUUAUUAGAAAUAAUAUUGGCUUUUUAAUGUUUAUUAUUAAUCUGCUUUUGCAAUUUCUUUAUUUUUGUGUUUAAAGAUCUUGGUCAUGUUCACAUCAAGAAAGUAUUGAGUAUUGUAGCAUAGAUAAUAAAUUUAAUACAAUCGUGUGUUAUAUUGCUAUUUAUUUUUCUAUUGGAAUUUAUUGUAUCUGCUAUAAUAUUUAUAAAAUAAAUAACUGAAAUUAUAAUUUAAUGAUAUAUUUAUUUUUAAACCUUCACGACACAUUAUUAUGUGCAGUAUAAGACUUGAUUGCUGGAAAGUAUUAUCCUUAACUUCACACACUUAAAAACAAAUGCCAUUCACACUGUUAUUGUACGUAGCUAGUUGUCUGCCUGCACAUUUUGAGAUUAUGUGAAAUACUAACUACACAUUCAAACAAAACUUAUUUCGCCAAAACUUACUUUAAAGGUGAAGUCAAACGAGCAUAAUUUUUCGAGUUGUAAAUCUAAAAUUUAAGCUUAAGGUAUUCGGCUCCCUACAGAGAAAUACUACUCGAAUACACAAAAAACAGGGUAAACAACUCGAAAAAUACGCCAGUUUAGCCCCUCGGUGACCUUAAACAGUUGGCGUUUACAAGAAUAAUCGCCGAUAUACUCGGAACAUCCUAAAAGCCCAACCUACUUGAAAAUAUUCUCUUCUUUUCUGCUUCAACAAGAAAACAGGUCCAUUAUAAUUCUAUCCCAUUGUCUACACAUAAAGGUGGGUACAACAUCGAGUGUUUCAGUAAUAAUUUAAUCCUGUGUGUCACGAACGUAACCCUUUGUUGUUAUCUAAAUACGGUUUCAUUAUCACUGAAUAGCUUAGCCAACUGAGGUGUUAUACGUUACGUUUAUCGUGUAUCAUGUUCAUAAUUCUAUUUGCAGAGUGCGACGACGAAACCCCUUCGAUCGAAGCGUUAGUGAGGUCGCCAUCGUUGCCGAUCCACAGCACUAACAACUCGCCUAACCUUUGGACCAUCGUCAUGCGAUUACAAAACGAACUGAAAUCACUCAAAUUAGACGUUAAAAGUUUAGAACUACAACUAAGCGAAGAACGCCAGGAACGUACUCUUGCCAUAGCCGCCUUGCAAUCCAAAAAUAUAUUAAGGGAUGCGAAAGAAAGUAAAUGCUAGGGAACAGUGCCUUUAAUAUAGGUAAUAAAUAAUGUGUUUCUUUAAUAGAUAUUCUAUUAAAAGUAUUAAGAAUGUAUUGUACAAAAUACAAAAUUAUUGAUCAGAAAUGUGUUUAUUAUUUUCCUUUUAUCUGUUUCGUGGAAGGAGCGUUGCUUCAAAUUCUAUAAAAAAACAAUAAAUCGUCGUUAUACAGCGAAAACCAAGUAAAUAGAAAUCAGUUGAUAAUACAAAUUGACUCAGUUUUUCGUCUGCGAAAAUCAUUAAUGUGUUUCCAUUAAACCAUUGUGUGUAGAAAAUAGCCUUAUGCGCGAGCCUAACAUCAUAGGAAAACUAAAAGCGGAUAGACUUAGCUGGCUCGGACAUGUUGAAAGAAUGGGAGAGGAUCGGCCUGUGAAAAGAGUAUAUCUGGGACGACAACAGGCUGGACGCCCAGAUACCGCUGGAGUGAUGAGGUUCAGAAGGAAUUGUAGGCUUAAGAUGAGUAAGGUUCCAGGACUCUUCGGGGCAGGGUAAGCGAGUGAUAUUUUUGAUAUUGCAAGUGUCUAUAGGCUAUGGUGCCGCUUAAUAUCAGUAAGUCGAUAUGCUUGUUAGCCACCCUUUUAACGGUAAAAAAAAACUCAGGUCCCUUGAAUUUUUAACUAAAUGUUCGGCUUUAGGCAAGCAGUAUACCUACAGGGUGGCCGGGGAGUUGACGUUCAAGCGUAAAAUUUAGAUACUUUAUGAUGAGGAGUAUCCAAAUCACCCCCAUGUAUGUUCUACGAUUUUGGGUAGUUUUCGAGUUAUAAUUUUUUUAAUGAUUUUUUUCGUAAUUUUCGCCUAACUACCGUUUUCGAUUUUUUUCUCAUUCUGUUGGACGUUUCUGGUUCAUUUUUUUUUGUAAUAACUGAUUAACAUAGUCUAACCUAUCACCCUAAAACUUAUGGUUUAUCUAGGCAUUGUAGAAUUCACUUAGAAUUUGUUCGAAAGUUCAAAAUUAUGAUUUGAGCUCAGUACACACAAA